AACCCCAACCUUUACAAUUCCUCACCUUGCGUCCCCAGAUACCCAACAAACAAAUGGCUAAAGCUGGGAACGUUUCACGCCAGGGACGAACGCACCGUCCAGAGCUUCCCAUUGGACGAACAUCUAUACGCCAAAUAUGUGAAGAUGUUCACCAAGUACAUAAAGGUGGAGUUGCUGUCGCACUUCGGCUCGGAACAUUUCUGUCCCCUCAGUCUAAUCAGGGUGUUCGGUACGAGUAUGGUUGAAGAAUACGAGGAGAUAACUUAUCCCUCAGAGAGGCCCGAUGAUCAGGACGAUGAACUGGACUAUCCCGGUUGUGUGCCUGGUGAGGUCAAAUCAUCCAAAAAUCUGAUUGGAUCAGCAAAAGAUGUCAUUUUGAACAUGGUCAACAUUGCUGCCAAUGUUCUUGGCGGAGGUCCUGACAUGCAAGCCAAUGGUUCAUCCCACGGAGAAAACUUGUCUGAGCCGUCAGUUAAACUUGAAACAGUGACCCCAACAGCCACUACAGAUAUUACCUCAGCCUCUGAAUCUGAAGUGGUAGAACCUUUGCCAGACGCUGGUAUCUCUGAAACGGCAGCCCUCUCUUCGGAGACCUCUGCGUCGGACACACCUGAUACAAACCCAAACAAACCGCCGCUGCCCCCAGUGGAGGAUCAAAAGGUCAGCUCGUCAGAGGGGGAUGAGGAAAAACCCAUCAGCUCCACCAUCAUCCUUCUGGAUAAGGACGACGAGGACGAGGAGGAGGAGGAAUCGGAUGUGAGGAAAGAGAAGCCGGCUCACAGGAAGCAACAGGAAAGUCUUCAGAAUCCCUGCUGUCCGCCUUCCUCGCAGUGUUCCUUUGCGGCGUCCGUGACGGAAUAUCUCACCCGACAGUGUUCGGCUCUGCGGUCCAAGAAGAGGACGUGCCAAACGGCUGGUCAGAAGCAAACGUUUCCCACGGUUCAUCCCAGUUGGCACGAGGGUGAGGAACAACAGCUUGAUGCAAAAGAGAAUCCUGCUGAGCGUUUGCCGCAGCCGCCAGCAGAUGGAGCUAGCACCUCAGAAGCAACACCACCUCUGGGUAACGUUGUAGAACCUCGUACAGAAUCUGUGUCGGAAACUGCAGUCGUACUAGAGCCCAGUCAGUCCUUGAGCCUCUUCCAAACCAACACCACUGAUUCAUCAGCCGCCAUCGCUACAUCUUUCUCGGAGACGCCCGUGCUGCCUCCCGGGGACGCGACAAAGGAGCAGAGGCCUGAACCGAGCCUGAAUGUUCUAACCACGGACAAACCCGCAGCAGAUCCGUUCCCUUCCAGCAGUUCUGCAUCCUCAUCAGUAGACGCAGCAGUAGCCGAUGCAUCCGAGUUUGAUUCAAGUACCUCAGUCCAACUCUCGGAAUCCCUCAGGGCCGAUCAGACUCAGACGCCCCUUCCCAGCGCCUCCCUUCCUUCGGAACAUCAGCACGACCCACCUGCUGUGCCCACGACGCCCGCGGCUCCCGCCGAGGACUCCCACCCCGCCCCAGACAACGUCGUCGAACUUGAGACCUCUAGUGGCCACCUAAUCGCCACGGAAACUAAGACGGAGGAUCCUGUGGAGGCCCUCCACCCUACCUCUCCCCCAGCUCCCUCGCCAUCCCUGUCGGACAUUUACGCAGAGACGGCCAACGUCACGGAGCAGAACGGCAACAUGGUGCACGGCUCCAGUCAGAAGGAGUCGGUGUUUAUGAGACUCAACAACCGCAUCAAGGCCCUGGAAAUAAACAUGUCGCUGAGCGGGCGGUACCUGGAGCAGCUCAGUCAGAGGUAUCGGAAGCAGAUGGAAGAGAUGCAAAAGGCUUUCAAUAAAACCAUCAUCAAACUCCAGAACACUUCCAGAAUAGCGGAGGAACAGGAUCUGCGCCAGACGGAGCACAUACAGCUGCUGCAGGGCCAGCUGCACAAUGUGACUCAGCUGGUCCUCAACCUGUCUGUCAGAGUGGGCCAGCUGCAGAGUGAGGUAUCAGGAAGUCAGAACUACCUGCUGCUGUCUCUGCUGUUGUGUCUGGGUCUGGGUUUGUUGCUCUGUACCAGCCACUGCCACAUCUCCACCGUUCCUACAGACACAGAAGCGGAGUUGACAACGUGCAAGAACUACACCUACUCUGGAGCUGAGAGCUGUGCCACUUCCUGUUCGGACGUUGUAUUAAAGCGGAGCGCCUCCUAUCCACUGAUACACUCUGAUUCAUUACAAUUAAUGGCCCCUGAAGGCACAGAAAUGCAGCGCACACAGAGUCUUUGUCCAGCCAACAGGAAGAAGAGACGUCGUAAGUUGAAGCCCGUGGACCAAGUGGAGACCUUAAAGCCGUCUCUUCUGGCUGCUUCCGAACUGAAUAUCGGGGCUCUGGUGUGUAACGGUGUCCCCGUCACCACCGACCCAGCUCCUUUCAUAAAAACCUUCCUCCAGCCCGUCUUCAGGGACUCCAUGUCAGAGGCGGGCUCAGAGGGAUCCUCCCAUUCCGACGACCCCUCCUUCUGCGGCAUCGCCACCGCCUGCCCUCAGAUAUGUGACAGCCUCCACCUGCCCAAGACCCGGUCCGAGAAGAGGGCUAUGAGACGCAGGCGUCCCAAGCCCGGCUGUGCCGUCGUGGACUUGCUUCAAGCCCCAAAGAGGGACAGAGGGGAGCCCAUCCCCACCAUAGAGGAAACGGAGAAUAAAAAAUCGGAGAAGUACCCCGGGACGUUUGGGGGUGAACGUUCUCUUGUCGGGUCGUGUCUGAUUGAAGGGAAAAAUAGAGACAGUACAUAUCUUCCAUAGGCUUUUCCUCCCCCUCCCUUUACUCCCCCCCUUACUGUAAAACUAAAAAAAAAAAAA